UGGGCUGUUUUCCUCUGUUAAGGCUAGCCAGAGCCUUAGAGUGUUGCUACUAUUCCUAACAUCCAUUUAAUUCUUGAGAUACCCAUCCUUCUCCUUACUAUCGCUACCACCAUCUCCCUCUUCUCCUGGGAGCCUUCUCAUAAUCUUCCGGGAAUCCCCCACGGUCACGCUGCUUCUACAGAAUCUUUGAUAAGUGCUCCUCCCCCAAAGUCCCGCGUGCGAAUCGGCAGAGGGUCCUCUCCAGACCACCAGAACGCGCCCCCGCCAUUGACUCAUGCUCCCUCCAACCUGCUUCCCUUAAGAGGCGCCACGACGGCCGGGCUCCUGCAGGCACGAAGCGACAGGCCGCUGCGGGAUCCGAAGCCAUGGAGCCCGUCAUGCAUACUGCCGAGAUCGACAACGACACUAGGGGGUGGAUUAUGUGUCUAGUGAGCGGUGCUGCGUGCAUGAUAGGGUCCUCAGUUAUCUGCGUCGAUGUACUCGUACGCCUUUUUCCCGGUGCGGGCAACUUCCGAAUACAGGAUAACAACACCUUUCUGGCCUGCUCUCUGAGCCUGAGCUUUGGCGUUAUGAUAUUCAUGGCGUUGUAUAGCAUGCUCCCCGAAGCCAGGGACUACCUCAAAAAGGGGGAUGUCCCUGACCAGCCAGCGGGCUUCAUCUUGAUGGCAUGCUUCGUCGGGGGCUUUGUGGGCAUUCAGAUACUCUCCAGAUUUUUCCAUCAAUUUCUACCCUCACACGUUGUCGACUGCGACCAUAGCCACGGCGAGCAUGCGUUAGAUACCCGCCCUCACUCAAACGGAUAUAGUCGCAAGCAGUCAUCCCAUGCACGAAGUAUUGACAAACGGCAAUCUUCCGUCUAUGCCUCCUUCGAAAACGCAAAGCCGCAGGCGGCUGAGAACGGACAUGCCGACGAAACCACGCCGUUACUCUCAAACUCCGAGACAUUGACCCACGUCUCCCGCACGCAGACACAUGAUGAAGCAGAUAUCGCUCAUCCCGAACACUCGCCUGCUGCUCCUAUCUCGCGAGGCUCGCAUAGCCAGGUCGCGAGACUGGAGAGGCAGCCCUCGAUGAUGCAGAAUAGAGUUCUGUCCUUUGUUAAAGAUACUAAGCCGGACUGCGACCAGGCGGACCACUGCUUCGGAUACUCGGAUCCGUGUGGACAGGAAUGCUUCAAACAUCUUGCUAGCCGAUCUGAGUUAACAUCUCGAACUUCUGCGAGCUUGAUUUGUACAGACCCCUCGGAGCCUGCGGUUGCCGGCACAGAUCGAGUGGAAGAGGCCGGAGGUGCCCACGGCAAUUUGUUAGCGUCGAGUCCUGCACACCAAACUAGCCAUUCUCACUCUCACAAUGACCAGCACCAACACGGUCAUCACGAUCAAUGCGCCUCUGAGGUUUCAGAGGACGUCGAGGCCCAACACCACCACCACGUCGCCGAAAACGCUUUCCUAUCCCUCGGCCUCCAGACCUCCAUAGCUAUUACGUUGCAUAAAUUCCCCGAAGGCUUCAUCACCUAUGCCACAAACCACGCAAACCCGUCGCUCGGUUUCAACGUCUUCCUCGCGCUCUUCGUCCACAACAUCACCGAGGGGUUCGCCCUUGCACUCCCCUUGUACAUGGCACUACAUAGUAGGUUCCGCGCGAUGCUAUGGUCGUCUGUCCUCGGCGGCUUGAGCCAACCUUUGGGUGCCGGCGUGGCCGUCCUGUGGUUCAAGCUGGCCCAGCAUAGCAACAUUACGCCCGACUCCGUCGCGUAUGGGUGUCUAUUCGCCGCCACGGCGGGCAUAAUGGUAAGCGUGGCCCUGCAGCUCUUCGUCGAGAGCCUGAGCCUGAAUCACAGCCAGAACUUGAGCAUCCUGUUCGCGUUCUUAGGCAUGAUGUUACUUGGCCUGAGCAACGCGUUCACGGCACACGCACAUUAACACUAUAGAAGUGGUGGUCCCGAUCUUUUUUUCUCUGUAGGUAAUAAUAGUGAUCCGUCUAUUAGGAGGAAAUGGAACCAACGGAGUUCAUAAAUCUGCUUUCCUUACCCUUUGCUUUCUCUCCGAGUUGAGGACCCUGACUACGUAUGUACAUACGUUUUCAUCAAUCAGCAUCAGCAGCAGCAUCGCGCUCGGCGUUUAGGAGGUGGGGCUCCUCCACGUAUGGUAUCACGAUCAGGACAAGGUGGCUCGCCGACUCUAGGCAGCCAGGCGGAUAGGCAGGGCAGGGCAGGGCAGGGCAGGGCAGGGCAAGGCAGGCAGGCAGGCAGGUAUAGGUAGGUAGGAAACCAAAAAAAAUACUUAGACUCGUCAAUUGCGGUGUGCUUGGGGUGGUCGAUAGAUUACUAGGACGCCCGAGAGACAAGAGACUUGAUCGGAUCUACAACUAGGUGGGCUACACAUCCGCGUACGUCAAACCUCCCAUAGCAAGAACUUGAGGUUGGCUCAGAACAACCCGGAGUAUAGGUAUCGAGUUAUUACCACUCGGCCUCUGGGCUCAACAUCGAACCCCCCGGUCCUUGGCCGUACGUAAUGGGGGAACCCAUUCCUCCUUAAUUCAACACACCACUACC